GAUGUAUAUAUGUUUACAAUACGAUACUCGGGAAAAUAUGUUCAAAAGUUUCAGGCGGAAGAUGCCGAAUUCAAAGAAUCAGGGAUUUAUCGUCGCAGAAUUCUACGAUGGUAUCCAAGUAAUACCAAAAUCUUGGCUACAAAGUAACGAUGUAUGCAAGUAUCCUUCACAUUAUAAAACGGAUUUAAAAAUUCGGAAGGCGAUUGAAAAAGAAGAAAUUCCAACUUCUAAUUGGUCUUCCGUUAAAAUUGAUCGGAUUUUUGCAUCUUUAUGUAAAGCCGAUGAGAAAGCCAAACAAGCUCUUGAUACUUCGGAUAUGGAUACCGAUAAAGAAGCGAGAAGCAAAGAAGCGAGAAAAUUAAGAGCAAAAAAAGCUAUGCUCUCGUCCGAAAGCGAGGAAGAAUCAUCUAGAGAAAUUAUUUUACCACGUCCUCCACGUCCUCCUGCAAAACGUCAACGAUCGUACGAUGAAAAUGAAUCUGGAAUUUUAUCCACGAUUAAAUGUUCUCGGAAUUCUUCCGCAGAAACGUACAGCAAAUCAGAAAAGGUUUCAAAUUCAAAUGAACACGAAUCUCGAGAUCAUAAUUCUUCGUAUUCAAGAAAUGAAGAAAGACACAAUAGUACUGUACACCAUAGACUAGAAAAUGAAGAGGAUAUAUCAAAUCGGCAUGUGGAUAAAAUGGAUGAGAUCGGCCAUAUGCAAGACGAAGAGAGAUUACAAGAAAAAAGAAAUGAUAAUUUGGAUAAGUCUUCACAAGAUGCAAUUGUGGAUCAUUUGAAGAGACUGACAAGAGAAAUAGCGACCAUAAAAUACGAUAUGCGGCAAACGCUUAGCUUAUUGGAUAUUUUAGUGAAAAGGACAAAUUCAGAAACAGAAGCCAAGAACACAGAGAUUUCUUUUGAAAGCGUUGAAGACCGAUUUCCGUUGCAAACUGCAGAACAAUUAAUGGAGGUGGAGGAAAUCUUGAAACUUCAUAAUUCCCAAGAUAAUGCUGCAAUAGUAAGUUAAUGCAUACAAAUUUAUAUCAUAAAUACAGUCUAAAAAUU